AAAAAAAAGACUUUUUCAAAAGGACUGUAAAUACUGCCUGAGGGAACGAUAACUUUCAAGUGCAAUCUAUAGCAGUGGAUGGAUAAUCUAAUUACAGCCCAGGCUGUCAGCUCGGGUGGAAGUUCUGGAGGAAGUAGCAAAGUGGUCACAAAAACAGUAACUACUACUAAACUGACAUCACAAAGUGAUUUUUCUCUGAGUGCAGGAGGGUCAGGGGGAAAUGCUACAUCAGGAGGCCCGAGCAGCUCAGUUUUCAUCACAUCCAGCAGCUCAAAUGCUACCAGCUCUGGUGGAUCUGGAGGCAUCAGUGCCACUACUAUAGGAUCUUCUUCUUCUGCUGUAUCAUCAAGUGGAGGAAGCUCAACAGGUGGAGGAAGUUCAGGAGGUGGAGGAAGGUCAGGAGGUGGAAGUAAGUUUAAGGCUUCCGGAGGGGGUUCUUCAAGCAUGUCUUCUGGUUUUGUGUGUGAUAGUAGGGAGGUAAAAAGGGAGGGGGGGCUCGGUGCUGUAACGGUUUCAACAUUGACAAAGACCAGCCACAGUUCAGGAGGAGCUGGGGAAUCCAAAAGAGGCUCAACCUCUGCAGUCUCGUAUUCACCUGCCCCAAAGGAGAGGAAGAACAUAACCACCAUGGCAGCAGCUAUGUCAGAGGUGUUUGACGAAAGUUCAAGCACAAACUCUUCUCCAGAGUACAACAGGAAAGAGUAUAUGACAAGUACAACUACAACUUCUGCCACCAGAGGGAGAAGUCAGAGCAGAGAGAGUGAGAUUAGAGCCAGGCUUCAGAGUGCUUCACCCUCAGCAAGCUGGACUGAACUGGAUGAUGUGAAGCGUCUAUUGAGAGGAAACCGCUCCACCAGCACGAGCCCCAGUCCGACGCAAUCCCCCAACAACACCCUGCCCAUCCCCAAGAAAGGCAGUGUGGAGACUAGGACCAUGUCUGAGAGCUCCAGUGCAGAUCACUACGGCAGCAUUUGGUCUGGAGGUGUGAGCAGCAGCUACGGUUACAACACAAACCCCAACAACCUGUCCACUACCUCCACCCUUUACCAGUCAGGAGGAGUUCAGAACAACCUGGCGCUCGGCUCCCACUCUAUGAGCGGUGGACUCUCAGUUGGCAGCACAGGUACUUUAUAUGGAGUUCAGAAUAACCUGGCCAGUACCAGCCCCACUCUCAUGUCUCCCACUGGAGCCAGCACACAGAUAGUUUAUGGUGUGCAGAAAAAUGCAUCUAGCCCUGGAAUGAGCCCAACCACAAUGGCACCCAGCAGCCCCGCUCCUGAAGAGGCCCCAGGCAAAGACUUUAAGUUUGUGCUGGUAGAGAAGGAGAACGCUCCAGUCAAGAAGGAGACAGAGCGACUGAUCAUGACCAAAGACACAGGGAAGCAGUUCAUGUCUGCUGCACCUGCUAGUGCUUUUGGUACUUACUCUGAGGACUCACUGAAGAGAGAGAAACAGAAGCUGUCAUCCAGCACAGUGGAGGAAGGAACAGAUGCUAGAUCUGCAUCCCUGAAAGUUUCCACAAAAGAUAAAGCAACCUAUGCAGAAAUCCGUGAGGAUAAAUCAGACUCUGGGUUCUUCUCCUGCUGCAGCUGGUGGAAGUGGCUGCUCGGCCUCCUCCUUGGCCUGCUCUUCCUCUUAGGCCUCCUCUUUGGACUCAUUGCUUUGGGUGAGGAAAUAAAACGUCUCAAGAACCGUGUUGAUGCACUUGAAGCCAUCACCGGAGCCUCAGCCAGAACCAGCCGCCUGUCUGCCUCCUCUGGCAUCAACAUCAUCGACCCACUGGAGUCGUCGUACAUCGAUAGAAGUUCUGCUGGAUCCACUCUGACCCGCUCUGACAAUGGCAUCAACCUUGGAGCUGCAGGGCCAGGAGGAGGCACAGGGAGCGAACCUGGACAGGACAGUGCUGCCCUGCAGAGAACAGUCCAGCAGCUGGUCAGGGCUGAACUCCGCUCUGAUGUUAUAAGAGACACACUUACGUACUCAAUGAAAGGGGAGAGAGGAGAUCCAGGACCUAAAGGUGAUCCAGGAAAUCUCGGACAGAAAGGCGAUGGUGGAUUCCCUGGCCUGCCAGGUCCUCCAGGGCAGAUGGGUCACCCAGGAUUGGAUGGACCAAGAGGACCAAAGGGAAGUGGAGGUGAGACAGGUUCUGAGGGGCCACCAGGUCAGAGAGGCCGAGACGGACAGAUGGGCCCUCGUGGAGAGACUGGACCCCCAGGAUUUGGAGAGAAAGGAGACAGAGGCGAGUCGGGACACCCUGGUACUGCUGGUGCUGCUGGACCUGUGGGGCCAAAAGGUACCAUGGGAGAGCAGGGUGCCUCAGGAAGCACAGGUGCUCCUGGUCCAAGGGGCUUCCCCGGCGAUGCAGGUGCUCCUGGAGCAAAAGGUGAUCGGGGCACAGCAGGUUUGCCAGGAACCAAAGGAGACCUGGGAGAGAACGGGCCACGAGGACCAGCAGGUGAACCAGGACAUUCUGGACCAUCGGGACCUGCUGGACCAAAGGGAUUCAAAGGAGAUGCAGGUGAAUCAGGUUCAACGGGCCCUCCUGGUUCGAGAGGACCACCAGGAACUCCCGGUGAUGCUGGAACUCCAGGCAUUCCUGGGAUUCAAGGACCCCCAGGUAUUGCUGGAAGCCCAGGACAACCUGGUGGGCAAGGUGAAGCAGGGUUACCUGGUAAAGUCAUCGGUCCAAUCGGCUCAGAUGCUCUGGCCAUUCCUGGACCCCCUGGCCCUGCUGGACCCCCAGGUCCUGCUGGAAACCCUGGUCUGUCUGGUCCCAUUGGCCCAGCUGGUGUUCCUGGUCAAAUUGGUGGUAAGGGAGCACCAGGUGAGAAAGGUGAGAAAGGAGAUCAAGGGGAGAGGGGAGAGAAAGGAAAACCUGGUGAGCCCGGUGAAAGUGUCACAAAGUUGGAAACCCGGACAGACAGCCUGUCAUCAGGGGCUGGACAGCCAGGCCCACCAGGCCCACCUGGACCUCCAGGGCCCCCUGGAGAACUUGGUCCUGAAGGUCCUGAAGGUCGUGCAGGUGAGUCUAAGCAAGGUCCCCCGGGAAGAAGAGGUCCUCAAGGAGAGCCAGGUUUUGGUGUACCUGGACCUCCAGGGGUGAAAGGAGAACCUGGCAGCUUUGUGCCUACUUCAGAAACCUUUUUCGCUGGACCACCAGGACCUCCAGGACCGCAAGGCCCUCCAGGUUCACCAGGUGACCUAGGACAACAAGGGUACAAAGGUGAACCAGGUCAACCAGGCCUUCCGGGAAGUCCAGGGGAAUCAACUAUUGGUUUUCCAGGUCAGCCAGGAUCUAUUGGCCCUCGGGGUCCAGACGGUGCAGAGGGACCACCAGGACCACCAGGACCUAGAGGUGAUAUUGGAGCCCCUGGUGCUCCAGGAGCACCUGCAGGUGGAUCAUACAGUCCUGGCUACCCAGGCCCCCCAGGCCCACCGGGACCACCUGGUGUACCUGGAAGGGAUGGAAGUGGAUCUGGAUCAACCAAUGUGGGACAGCACAUUGCAGAAUACCUACAGAGUGGCAACAUCAGGCAAUACCUAGCUGGACCUCCUGGACCUCCUGGGCCUCCUGGUGCUCCAGGGACUGGGUCGGUCGAUGAUAUGGCAAACAGAGUCCUUGCCUACAUCCAGAGUUCAGGUAGAGGAUAUGACAGGACCCCAGGACCUCCUGGUCCUCCUGGUCCACCUGGCUCAGUCUCUAUCAAUGACAUUAUCAACCUACUACAACGAGAGGACAUGAGAGGAUACGUUGCUGGCCCUCCAGGUCCACCAGGACCUCCAGGAGGCGGGUCAGGUCACAAUCCCUACCUUGUCAACACCCAGGAGGUGGCUGAACGAGUCCUCAGCCUGAUGAAUGACAGGGGGCAUGCAGGUGCUCCUGGACCCCCUGGACCUCCAGGACCUCCUGGUAAUGUGAUACCAGGUGGGUAUCACACGGUUGCUGGCCCUCAAGGACCUCCUGGUGUCCCAGGUACCCCUGGCCCGCAAGGCCCAGCUGGACCACCUGGCCCACCAGGUUAUGGAAACUACCUCAGUUCAGACAUUCGGGACUACCUGCAAAGUGUUUCCUUCAGGGGUCCACCUGGACCCCCAGGUCCCCCUGGACCCGAGGGUCCCUCUGCUCCACUCCGAGGACUGCUUUCCUACGCUGAACAUGCCAGUGCAGCAAGGAUAAAAGCAGAACAACAGGGAUACAUCAGGAGUGAUGGCUUGGCAGGGUCUAUGUUUGGACUUCCUGGUCCUCCAGGCCCUCCUGGACCCGCAGGACACAAGGGAGACCCGGGUGUGCCUGUCUCCAGAGCCUGGAGCAUGGACACCGGAGACUACUCCAACAUGGCUGCCAAAGUUACUGAUUACAUUAAAUCCCAGGGUGUGCUGCAUGACAUUGUGAAGGAAUACAACAGUCGUGUAUUCCAAGGACCCCCAGGACCUCCAGGCCCUCAAGGUCCACCUGGAAACAGCCGGUGGUUUGGUUCCCGUGGAAAUGCCACAGAUCUGCUGGAAUACAUCAGAUCUCAUGGUCUGCUACGUGAUAUUGAACGGAACAACGAACGUGUCACCCAAGGGCCCCCAGGACCCCCUGGCCCUCCAGGUCCUGCUGGAUACAGCCGGUUAUUUGGUUCCCAUACAAACGUCACAGAUUUAGUGGAAUUCAUCAGAGCACAUGGAGCCAUUGUAGGACCACCUGGGAGACCAGGACAGAAAGGAGACGUGGGAUACCCAGGGCCAAAGGGAGAGAGAGGGGAACAAGGCCAUCCAGGGCCUGAAGGACACAGAGGACACAGAGGACAAGAAGGACAAGAAGUACACAGAGGACAAGAAGGACACAGAGGAGAAUUCACUCUAAGGGCCAAAAGACGAAGGAGGAAUGUAGGUGUUUAAGAUAAGAUAUUACUUUAUUAAGAUAUUACUUUAUUGAUCCCCCAGGGGGGAAAUUCAGUGUUACUGAUACUAAUGGUGUUACUGUCUAUUAGGACCAUCAUUUGGCAUAUUAUGAUUGAUAUAUGGACUAUUUGGGAUGUGUAAAGGUGGUAAAUGAACUUUAAUACUGGAUGUCUCUCACUGAUCCUUUUUUUAUAUGACUUGAGAUGUAUUUUUUUAUGUCUUUGAUAUUUUGUCUUUUUGAAUGGAGGGAUGUGUUUUGAAUUACUGUAUAGUUUUGAAAUACUGUUUUGUAAAUUGUCCAAAGGGGUCAUUCAGCGAGGUGAUAUAUUUUACAGAUGUAUCUGAAUGAACCAUUGAUUUCAUAAACCUUUCAUUACAUUUGUUUUCCCAACAAGAUCAUGUUUUUAAAAGUGUAAAGUUUUAUAACAGGUUUCAUCACUGCCAGAAAGUGUCUUACUAGAUGUAACCAUCAAAUAAUAAACACAACUGAA